UAAUAAUUCGGCGAAAUAAAUAAUCGAAAUCUCGAAGAUAUAUAUAUAUAUAUUCACUACCCUGCAAAAUAUUUAGUUAAAAUGAUUAUGCAAAAGACGCGAUCGGUAUAUAAUAUAUGGUCUGCGAAAGAACAUCAGUUUGAAUCUUGUCAAGAUGUAACACAUUUCGUGAGAAGAUUUAUCGAUUCCGCGAUUACUGCUGCAAUAAAGAUUGUUGCUGUCAUGGUUUGUUAACCUUUACGUGUGUGUCAAUUAUAGCGUAUAUAUACAACUUUAUAUAUAAUUUCUAUACGCUUUUAUACGUUAUCAUUGGAUCGAUAUCAUCCCCCGUAUAUACCUUUUAUAAAUGCCCGAAUUAUUGUGCAAUAUUGGCUCACAAAAGAAAAGAUCGGAUUAAUAUAAAUGUUAAUAAGACAUUAUUAUCAUUAUUAUCAUUAUUAUCAAUUAUAUUAUGCAAUUGAAUAUAUAUAUAUAUUUAUAUAAUAUAGUUUAAUAUUAUAAAAAUUAUCUAUAUUACAAGGGAGAGCUAUAAAUUUUCUAAUCGUUAUUUCUAUUGAUCGCUUUUAAUGCAUUCAGGAUUAUCAAUCCUCGUUCAAUUACUUUGGAAUAAAAUGGCCCACGUGUGGAAAAAUUAAUGUGCGAAAUGGCUUACGAUGUGUAAAAGAAGAAAUGCUCAGAUGGAAUCAAUUACCGGCUCUACAGAACUGGAUGUUUCAUGUAGACUUUAUCGGUCUCAACAGAGAAGGGACCGCCGAAUUUUAUUUGUAUCGUGUUCUCUGGAGCAUACCCACACCGGCAUAUCCGGAGCCAUAUGUGACUGUCAGCGUGUUCUUUUGCAUCGCGGCGAGUCGCGUGCAGCCGUCGCACUUUCCAGUCGACGUUACAUAUGUCUUUGAAGGGCAUCAAUUUGUGCAUCGGUUGGAUGUAGCCUUUAGACCGAAGUGGCUCUACGACAUUCUUGAUAUGAAAACCAUGUUAUUCAAAACUUUCACAUUUUGAGAUCUCUUUAUAUAACACUAUUUAAUAUUUGAAAUUAAAUAUUUCUAUUAAAUUAUAUAUAUUUUUUCUCAUAAAGAGUUAUAGAAUCAUAAAACUUUAUUAAAAUAAUUUUUAUCUGUGAUUAAUAAUAACGUUUAUUAUUUUUUCGCUUUCCCCGAAGUUUAAAUGAAAACUUGUUCAUUUGCAAUCUUAUUUGUAAAGAAAAAUUGUUUUUUUUUAUCAAGAAAAAAAAUUUUUAUAAAAAAUAAUAUGCGCACUUCUACCAAGAAAAAAAAUUAAUUUAAUGAAGUCGUAAUGGAAAUCAUUAUAUGUAUAUACAUCCAAGAUAUACGUAUACAAGCACGAUACUUCUGGGCACAUAUCGCACCAUGGGAUGGGUGCAGUUUUUCUGAAGAGAUUUUUAAGCCCUUGUGCACCGUGCAAAUGUCGUAAAAGUAAGAGUGUCGGAUUUCCGCGAAUCGGGCACGCGCCAUUGCCGGCCGCAAUCUGGUCCAGCACCGGACGUCGGCUCAUUCCGUACGGUUAAACAAUAAGAGCAGGUGAUACCCCCAUAAGAGACUAUGCAUCACGCACUGUUGUAUUGCCGUUUUCGAUUGCACAUUUACGAUUUUUAUGUUAACACCGCUUUUUUUACACUUGAACAUUUAAAAAGAAAGUUACACAUCGCUGCAGUU